CUCAAGCAAGACAUUCUCUUAUCUAUGGCUCCAAAUCCUUCUGUCAAAAUUGUCUGCCGCUUGCCACAUGUCAGUCAAUAAUUACAGUGGUUUUUUCAUAUUUUACUAAAACUAUACCCCAAAACAACCACACAAAAUGAAACCCCUUAUGCUGCAAGGGCACGAGCGUGCCAUCACACAGAUCAAGUAUAACCGUGAAGGUGAUUUGCUGUUCUCCGCCGCUAAAGAUUCCAAGCCGAACGUAUGGUGGUCGUUGAACGGUGAACGCCUCGGAACUUUCAAUGGACACGGAGGUGUCGUGUGGUGUCUCGAUGUAGACUGGCAGACCAUAAACCUCAUCACCGGUGGAGGUGAUAGUUCAUGCAGACUGUGGGACUUGGAGACUGGUAAGAACAUAGCUACAAUCAAGACUAACUCCUCAGUGAGAACAUGCAACUUCAGCUACAGUGCCUACCAGGCCGCCUACACCACCGACAAGGCUAUGGGACACCCUUGUGAGGUAUCAGUAAUUGACACAAGAACUGUUGAUGACUCCAUCUCCAGCCAAGCUCCCAUCUUGAAGUGGGAGAUCACAGACUCCAAGGUCACCUCCAUGGUGUGGGGUAUCUUAGAUGAGACCCUCAUCACUGGCCACGAAGCUGGUGACCUGAUCCAGUGGGAUUUGAGGACUGGCAAGAAAAUCCAGUCGAUAAAGGAGCACACGCACCAGAUCCACGACAUGCAGCUGUCCCGUGACGGUACCAUGUUCAUCACCGCCUCUAAGGAUCAAACCGCCAAACUGUUCGACACAAGCUCCUUGGAGCUCCUCAAGGAAUACAAGACCGAGCGUCCCGUCAACUCCGCGGCCCUCAGCCCGAUCCUAGACCACGUCGUACUUGGAGGAGGUCAAGACGCUAUGGAAGUAACCACCACAUCCACCCGCCAGGGUAAAUUCGACGCUCGAUUCUUCCACUUGGUAUUCGAAGAAGAAUUCGGCCGCAUCAAGGGACAUUUCGGUCCUAUCAACAGUUUAGCUUUCCACCCUGACGGCAAGAGCUACGCGUCUGGUGGUGAAGACGGUUACGUACGUGUGCAGAGUUUCGAUCAAUCCUACUUCGAUUAUACCUUUGAUUACAACAGGGAUUGAAUAUAAGGAGAAGAAACGUAUUAGUAAACUUAAUUAUAUAAAUGUCAAUAAAACCGAUUUCUAAUAAAUGGACAA